CUCAGCGCUAGAAUGUCAUAACACCGGUAAUACUGCAAUGGACAGGAGUGCUUCAAAGGAUGGACAGAUAAAUGCUGCUGUUGAGUGGGAACAGCAAUAAAAUGCUGCCUUGGAAGAAGAAUAAGUUCGACCUGAUUGAGGAAGACAAGCAGUCCAAGCAGAAGGGGUAUGCGGUGAGUCUCAACUACUCCGCGCUCACCUCCUUCGCCAAGUCCUGCCCCGAGAGCGCACUCAACAGGGUGGGCAGCAUGUUCAAGUCAAAGAGGAAAAAGCUGAAGAUCACCAGCGAAGACCCCACGUACACGGUGCUCUACCUGGGGAAUGCCACCACAAUCCAGUCCAAAGGAGACGGCUGCACGGACGUGGCGGUGAGCAAGAUCUGGGGCAAAAGCGAGAUGGGCAAGAACGGCACCAAGAUGAGGCUGACCAUCAGCUCGCAGGGCAUCCGCAUGGUGCAUGUGGAUGAUAAGGCUAGGAGACCGGGACACUUGUACUUGCUGCACCGGAUAACCUACUGCGUCGCGGAUCCACGACUACCCAAGGUUUUCGCUUGGAUUUAUAGACACGAGAUGAAACAUAAGGCAGUAAUGCUGCGCUGCCACGCAGUGCUGGUGUCCAAGCCGGAGAAGGCAAAGGCCAUGGCGCUGCUUCUGUACCAGACCUCGGCCACAGCCCUGGCCGAGUUUAAAAGACUUAAACGGAGGGACGAUGCCAGGCACCAGCAGCAGCAGCUCAUAGGGGAACAAACGAUCCCGUUGGUGCCCCUCAGGAAGCUGCUGAACGGACAGUGUUACUACAAGCCCCCGGUGGAGCGCAGCCGGAGCGCACCAAAGCUGGGCUCUAUCACAGAGGACCUGGUGGGGGAGGAAGAGGAGGAGAAAGCAAUGCACUUUGAGUGUGAGGACAUUCUGGACACGGACCGUGAUUGUGUUGCCAAUGGCAAACAAGAGUUGACUCAAAUUAUUAAUGACUUGGGAGAGAUGAGCAUAGGAAACGACGUGCAGACACUGAAAGCCGACCUCAGAGUCACCAGACUCCUCUCUGGUGAGAGCACAGGGAGCGAAUCCUCCAUAGAAAGCAACCAGGAUCCGCCACCACUAAUUAAUGGCUUUGAGGAGGUAAAGGUGCAAGAAACUGCCUGAAUAACUCUGGGCAUUUCCGGGGCACUUGUAGCGCACUGUUUUGUUGAGCUACGACAUCUCCAUGAGAAACAGUUACAAAGUGCUUGUUUGAUCUGUGCCACUGACACUAAUUGAGAGGAUAGAAACACAAUUUGAGGCAAAACAAAAAGACAAUUAGGCUAAGUUCUAAGAUUGUGUAAACACAGGGAAAAAAAUGAAAAGAAAAAACAAACAAAGCAUGCCCGUUUGAGAGACAGCUUUAACGACAAAAUCCCGGUGCGCCUUAGGACGCACGGCACUAAUUCCAUCUCUUUUGUUUAAGAGGAUUUGUUGUAGCAUCGAACUUGUUUACUUGACGUUUUUUUCUCACUUGAAAAUGGCAUUUUUUUUCUGUAUAAUGCUCAUUGUGAUCCAAACAUUCCCAUAAAAAAAAA